AUGUCGACCGCUGACUGGAACCAUAUUGAGCUUACUGAGACGAUUUCUCAGGCUUUCCCAUUCCAGAACACGCAAACCUUGGCUGACAAAGAGAACGAUGCAUGCCUCUGGUCUAAGACUCCCAUGCAACAGUUUCGUCUAGGAAUAGAUGCUCAAGUCUAUCUCGACGGCCUCUUCAAUGAUUUAGAUAAGCAUCCGGAGCGGAAAUAUCAAACUCUGAAAAAAGCGACACAGAACCCAAGCUACGGAAAGAGCUGUACGGACUCCAAAUGGGGCACAGAAGACAUCUCCCGAUCCAACGCGGGAAAUCUAGAAGAUAAUGAAAUUCGACGUGUAGCAGCUGCAAGACUUCGCCAGUCUGCUCGGGAUAUCGGCUCCUGGACACCAGGAUAUGACUGCGACGGCUCAAAAGAAGGUCGUUCCACAUGA